CUUGCUGGAACGCUGCCUUGGCGGGAUGUUGCUUGGACAGAGCCUCUCCAUAGGCGCCGUCGCCUGCUUCCAGAUGUUCCAGGUCGCCAUGAGUGCAGACGGUCUACAACAGAUUGGAAAAUUUGGCUGCUACUUGUUUGCCAUGCUUGCGGAGCUCUUCAUCUACUGCUGGUUCGGCGACGACCUAAUUACAGAAAGCGAGAACCUGGCCGUGGCAGCAUACGACGCGGUGACGUCACUGCAGGGAUGCCACUUGUCCAUCAAAAAGUCGCUACUGCUGAUGAUGCACCGCGCGCAGAGACCUCUGCGGAUCACUGCUGGAGGGUUCUUCCCUCUCUCCAGGGAGUCAUUCGUGGCGGUCGUCAACGUGUCUUAUUCAUUCUUCGCGAUUCUUCGAAAUUUCAAGGAUGAAAAUGUGUAACAACAAUUUUUCUUAAUGC